UUCCGGGCCUUGCUUCGGGGGGGGGGGUCAUGCCAGGGGGAUGGAGGGCCGGGCGGAGUGGCUGGGGGCCCCGCCGGUGCCUUCCCGCCGGAGCGAGGCGGGCUUCGAGCAGCUGCGCCUGAAGAGGAGCGGCCCGAGCAGCCGGGAGCCCUCGCCCGCCCUCACCCGCCUGGGCUCCGGCUUCUACUCCGCCGUCAAGCAGCAGGACUACAGCGCCAGCGUCUGGCUCCGCAGGAAGGACAAGUUGGAGCACUCCCAGCAAAAAUGCAUUGUGAUCUUUGCACUGGUUUGCUGCUUUGCAAUUCUGGUUGCACUGAUAUUUUCGGCUGUGGAUAUUGUGGGAGAAGAUGAGGAUGGACUUUCAGAAAAGAACUGUCAAAAUAACUGUCGAGUUGCUCUUGUAGAAAAUAUUCCUGAAGGCAUAAACUAUUCCGACAGUGCACCUUCUCAUUUGUCUCUUUUCCAAGGCUGGAUGAAUUUACUUAAUAUGGCUAAAAAAUCUGUUGACAUAGUAUCUUCCCAAUGGGACCUCAGUCACAGUCAUCCAUCUGCAUGCCAGGGGCAGCAUCUUUUUGAGAAAUUACAAGAACUACUAUCUCAAAAUAUUGAAAUCAAAUUAGUUAGUGAUAUUCUUCAUAAGGAGUCUAGAUUAUUAAAGGAAUUGAAGAAAAAAGGUGCAGAAGUGAUGUACAUGAACUUGACUGCUUAUAAUGAUGGCCAUUUGCAGUCAUCAUUCUGGAUUGUGGAUAAACAACAUGUAUACAUAGGGAGUGCCAGUUUAGAAUGGAGUUCACUGGGACAGAUGAAGGAACUUGGUGUCAUCGUGUACAACUGCAGCUGCCUGGUGUUAGAUUUACAAAGGAUAUUUGCCUUGUACAGCUCAUUAAAAUCCAAGAGUAAAGUCCCACCUGUAUGGUCUAAAAGACUGUAUGCAGUGUAUAAUACUGACAAUAAAUUGACCCUCAAGCUGAAUGAAACCAACUCAAAAGUCUUUGUUUCGAAUUCUCCCAAGCUCCUUUGCCCUAAGGACAGGGUAUUGGAUAUUGAUGCCAUCUUUAGUGUUAUGGAUGAUGCUGAACAGUUUGUCUAUAUUGCUGUCACAGACUAUCUUCCUAUUAUCAACAUCAUAAAUGAGACAAGGUACUGGCCAUAUUUGGAUGGAAAAAUAAGAGAAGCACUGAUUUUACGCAAAAUUAAAGUACGGCUCCUCAUAAGUUACUCAAAAGAAACAAAUCCACUCACAUUUAACUUUGUUUCAUCUCUUAAAGCAAUUUGUACAGAGGUUACUGGCUGUAAUUUAAAAGUCAAGUUCUUUGAUCUUGAAGAAGAAAGUGCUUGCUGUUUUAAGGAACAAAAGAAUUGUUCCAUUUUCAAACUAAACCGCAACAAAUAUGUAGUAACUGAUAAAUCUGCUUAUAUUGGUAAUUUUGACUGGGUUGGAACCUAUUUUAAUCAGAAUGCUGGAGCUGGCCUGGUCAUCAACCAAGCAGAGACGGGAAACAAAACAAGUAUAAUCAAGCAACUUAAAGCUGUGUUUGAAAGGGACUGGUAUUCACAUUAUGCUAAAAGUUCGGCCACAAAAAUUCCAAACUGUUUAAGCUACAAACACAGCAAAGCAGCAGCCAAUAAGACUGCCAUGAGCAAUAUGAACUGAAGUCUAUUUUACCGGCCAGUACAACUAAUUGAGAAAUAGAAUGGGACUGAUACUGGCCUCUCCUUUCAUAUUUAUGGACAACAGACUUUUAAAAAAGCAAAAAAAAAAGUUUAUAGGAAAAAAAGCACACUUAUAUAAAAUAUUCUUUAAACUAUAUUCUCUAUACUGUAUUAUUUACAAAUGUUAGAUUUGUUACUGCUGACACUGAAUGUCAUUUAUGCUAUAUUGUUGUGUUGGAGGUAUCACAUUGAAAUUUAAAAGCAUGUUUUGAUCUUUCAGUUACAGGCUUAUUCCUGCCUCUCCUGAUUAACAUAAACAAGCAUAAACAUGGUAAGUGUAUUCUUAGAGUGGUUGAUGGUAAAGUUCAGCUUUUACUCAAAUGAAAAAAUAUGGGUUUGAAGAAGGUCUUUAUCAAUAUAGAUAAUAUAAUUCCAGUUUACAUUUUUGUUUGUUUAAGCAUUCAGUUUUUCAGCAAAAUCUGCCUGUGUUUAUCACAUUAUGUAUGAUUCACAUCUAUUUAAAUAAUUCAAUUCUUGUUCUGCUUAAACUAUAAAACUAAGGGCACAAUUGAACAAAUUUCAGUUUUUCUACCAAUGAUGCACUUACCCACUUACUUUUUAAAUUUUUUGGGGAAAUGUUAUUAUGAAUAUCUUGUCCUUUUUACUGUGAGAAGACACUUUUAAAUUAUUUUUUCCUUUUUUCAUAGGCCAGCAAUAGGUUGCAUGCCACAUGAGUCUUCUUCAAAAUAGUGUCCUUGCCAAUUUGAGAGAAGUGCUUAUUACACAAAGCUACAAGGGUUAAAUUGUUUCUAUAAUACUGAUUAUUCUAAGUGUUAAGAAGAUGUAUGAGGAGUGAUAUAAUCCACUACAGGCAUAGAGCCAUACCCAGAGUCUUCUAGUAAGUCUUAAUAGAUCUCUGUUAACCCCAUCUCUCCUCUCCAAACAGGCAGCUCAACAGCAGAAAAUUAUGUAAAUUUAAAUUAUUUGGGGAUGCCUCUCGUGUUCCCAUCUAUCCCUUCAUCUUGGCCCAGUGUAAAUCACUUGUCCUUGGAAUAUGAGUAGCAUGAGAGACAUGCUGCUCCCAUUCUUCCGUGUUUCCGUUAAUACCAAAUGACACAUCCAUUACUCUUUACAGAUGGAACAAGAAUGGGAUAAGUGUCUCUCUCUCUCUCUCUCUGUGUGUGUGUGUGUGUGUGUGUGUGUGUGAGAUAAACUUCCCCCUGAUCAAUCUAUUAACAGGAUUUAAUGGUGAAUUAAUGAUGGGAGGAGGAUGCUUGCCUCCAUGUGAAAAUCAUCACAGAGACAGAGGGUUGGAUGGAAAUACAGGAAGCAUGAUCACAACUCCCAUUCUCACCAGAGUCCCAUUAUGUGUGUAUGCUUAGAGGUGUGGUGAAGACCAAAACAGGCCUCCAUUGAACCUUAUGUGUAUAUAGCUACAGCAUUCUUCAUGUGAAUGGAUUGUUCUCAAAAAUGGUUUGGCCCACAGUUAACUUUCUGAAAGUUUAAUGGCCAUUGAUUAUUGCUGGAAGGAAUUAGUUUGAAAAUUAAGAUUAUUUUUGCCUAGAUCCUUUGGAGGGACAAGAGAAUGGCUCUGAAGUUUUCUGUAUGAUAAUAAUUAUACUAGGGGAUGUUCAAUGAACAAUUCAUUUUACUUGAAAACAAAUAUUAAUGAUAUCUAAUUUUUCUUCUAGGGAAAUGUUCUUAGGUUCCAGGGAAAUGUUCUUCCAGGGAAAUGUUCUAGGCAUCAUUGGCUUCUCUUUUAUCUACAUUUUCUACAACAAAAAUAAAAUGAAUGCUCUAUUUUAACAUAAA